AUGGAAGGGGGCGGGCACGGAAAUGGGGGAGGAAACGAGGAGGGGAGAGAGGAGGGGAGAGGAGGGGAGCAGGCGGAGAGGAUGGAGAGGAUGGAGAUUGAUGUUGUUGAGGCGGUUGUGCGAGGGGCGACUGGUAAUAUUGAUGUGAUUGUACAGAACGAUUCCAGUGGCACGGACGUGCAUGCAGGUGGUGGUGGUGGUGGUGGUGGUGGUGGUGGUGGUGGUGGUGGUGGUGGUGGUGGUGGUGGUGGUGGUGGUGGUGGUGGUGGUGGUGGUGGUGGUGGUGGUGGUGGUGGUGGUGGUGGUGGUGGUGGUGGUGGUGGUGGUGGUGGUGGUGGUGGUGGUGGUGGUGGUGGUGGUGGUGGUGAUGGGAGUGGGAGUGAGGGGGAGGGGAGGAAGGCAGGGAGUGGGUGGGAGAGUGCAUUGGGGGGCAGGAGGCGGAGCAUGCGUGCCAGUGCUGUGCUCGCCAUGGCCAGGAUUUCCGCCGGAUCCAAGUCGGGAGCGAGGUCAGGCGGAGGAUCAGCAGGAGGGGCAGGUGAACCAGAGUAUGGCAAGGACACGUUCCCCUGGUCUGUGAUGGAUCAGUGGUAUUGGGAGUGGGGGCUCUAUGGGUGGGACGAUACCACCCAAGGGGGUGCUAGAGCGGGUGCUGCUAGUGCUGGCGGUGGUGGCUCUGGUGGUGGUGGUGUGUGUGGGGGGAGUAUUCUGGGUGGGAAGAAAGGGAUAGGGAUUGGGACUGGGGGGAGAUGGGGAGCAGCGGGAGGAAGCGGGGGCAGUUCGAGUGGGGGAGGAAGUAAAGGUGGGGCGAAUGGGGAGGCGAAGAGUAAGGGAGCGGGGGAUGUGGCGUGUAGGAUCGGCGAGGGGAUGGACAUAGAUGGGGUGGCUGGGGCGCAAGGGAGUGCGGUAACCGGGGUUACUGCGGUUACCGGGGUUACUGCGGUUACUCAGAGUACGGGAGUGACUGGGAUAGAUGUGGUUGCGAGGGAGGGAAGGGGCGGGAAAGGGAGUGAUGGUGGUGAUGUCUGUGAUGGGGCUCCAGUUCUAGACGAGAUAAAAGAGCAGCAGCAGAAAGAGCAGGGGGAGGAGAAGCAGAAGGAACAGCAGAAGAUGCAGCAGCAGCAGCAAAAGCAGCAGCAGUUGCAGCAGCAAGAGGCGGCGGCACUAGACCCAAAGUACAUCCUCCGGGGAGUUAGAGCCACGAAACAAACCACCAAGCCAGCAGCCCCCCACCCAGGCAUGGUGGGCAGCCAUCCCCCUCCCCCUGCACGGCCCACACCCACUGCUGCUGCUGCUGCUGCUGCUGCUGCUGCUGCUGCUGCUGCACCCAGCAUUGCAGCAAGCGCCUCCGAUGCAAGCACUGGCUCACCCACUGCCGCAACUGCUGUAGCAGCCACUGCCACACGCACCUCCCUCCCCCCCGCCCCCGUGGCCCCGCCGCCCCCCUGCUCCGUGUGCAAGACACCAGAGGACGCCACGUGUCUGCUGUGCGACGCCUGCGAUGCCUGCUACCAUCUGCGCUGCCUCAACCCGCCCGCUGAAGAGCCUCCAGCAGGGGACGAGUGGCUGUGCGAGGCGUGCGCGGAGGAGCAGUGGGAGCGCGGCAACGCUGUUGUGUUUCAGGAUGAGGAGCUGUGGGCGCGCCGGCACAUGGUGGGGGCGGAUGCGGGGGGGAGGGGCUUGGGAGGCGGAAGAGGGGGGAACGGAUUUGCGUGGGAGUAUGAUUGGGAAGCAGAUGCGGAGGGGAGGGCGGGAGGGGCGAGGAACGGGGGAAUUGGGAGGGGAGGAGCGGAAGAUGGGAAGGGUGGUGGAGGAGAGAGUAGAGACAGAGGAGGAGAAAGAGGAGUGGGGGGAGGGGGAGGUGGGGAAGGGCAGGGGGGAGUGACAGGGAGCAACAGGCAGCAGCAGCAGAAGAAGCAGGAGGGGGAGGAGGAGGGGGAGGAGGAGGGGGUGCAGGUGAAGAGCCGGGGGGGCAUGCGGCCGUUGAAGUCAGGGCCGGAGGGCCGGGGGCAGUGGUUGCUGCGCGGCGAGUGGCUGGCAGCGCAGGGCCACAUCCGCGUGGGCCCCAUGUUCCAGGCCCUGGUGGGCGAGUGGCAGGGGGAUUCGGAGAAGAUGGAGAGGGAUGGGCGCGGCGUGGAUGAGGAAGGGCUGUACGUGCUGCUGCUGCUGCUGUGCACCCCUUGCUUCUUCUUCUCUUCCCUUCUUCCCAUCCCCUCUUCCUCCCUACUUUCCUCGUUCACCCCUUAG